AUGUCUAUCACAGAUCACAGUGCCACCACCGGAGUGGUGACUGUCAUCGUUACCCUGAUCGCUAUUGCAGCUCUGGGAGCCCUGAUCCUGGGCUGCUGGUGCUACCUGCGGCUGCAGAAGCUCAGCCAGUCUGAGGAUGAGGAAAGCAUUGUGGGUGAGGGAGAAACCAAAGAGCCCUUUCUGCUGGUGCAGUACUCUGCUAAAGGACCCUGUGUGGAGAGGAAAGCAAAGCUGACUCCAAAUGGCCCAGAAGUACACAGCUAACUCGGAGCAACAUGUGCAGAUGGACCACGUUUGUGACGUGUAACCAGCAGAAGCAUCUCAAUACUGCGAAGAACCUGGUCACAUGCACACUACUCAUCAGAAAACACCCUGAUGCAAAUUAAAUAAGCUUUGUUUGCAACUGCAUGCACUGAGAAGUUGCAUCGACUGUGUAUCCUAAUUCCUCUGUGGCAGGAGCUGAGUCGCCUGUAAUGUCCAUUGCCGGCAAUGGGCACAGGGAUACACUGGUGUGAAGAGACUACUACUGGUUUUUGUUACUUGAAUGUUUAGCUGAGCCUAUUUUGAUGGAGCUACUACUGUAAUGUGAACUACUUUCCAACUGUGAACUGUAAAUAGGCUGCCAGAAACUUCUUGCUUUGUAUUCUGUAGCAUAUGGGAAUAUGAUGUGACUGUAUAUAAUACCACAGGCGGUUUCCUGAUCCACUACCAUGGAUGGGACUCCAGACCUUCAAAACCAAACCUGCAGUUAAAGCUUGCUUCUGCUACUAGAUGAGUGUGCAGUCAUAAAGUCAGAACUCCUCCUUUGAACGGUGUAUUGGACUGAUGCAGAGUACUUCAUUUGAAAAGAAGGGAUAAAGCCUUCAGUACUGUGCUGAAGGGGGAAACACAGGAGCUACAAGAAAGGAAGAGUUCCUUUAGCUGCAGCUGUGUUGGUUAAGCUUUUGGCUGCUACUGCAAGGAAACUGCCAUUUUGAUGGGUUCCAGCCUGGGAGCUUAUGAUGGAUACUGAACCCUCAGGGAAAGUCCAGAAGGUUUCCAGGUGUUUGAAAUGGCAGUAGAGCAGGCUUCUCUCUUCCGUAGGUCUCUGUGCUGAAACUGCAGAAGUGGUUGCUUAGCAAAGCUGGCUUAAGUGCAACUAGUAUGAAUUCUUCCCAGAAACCUGGUUUGUGUACUUAGGGUGUAGGUUAAUAGCCAGAAAGGCAUUUUAGUUCAUAGCCAGCCAACUCUAGAAUUCAGUUAAUGUAUCUUGUAUACAACUUCUGAUUGAACUGUACUACAACAGAAGAAGUUUCAGUCUUUUCUACUGGUGAUAGGGGCAAGGGUUAUUGCUGGUCAGUUUGUAGAAGUUUUAGCUAGCAAUGGCCCAGUCCUUCCGGAUAACAUACCCUUCCUGCUCUGUGCUGGAGUUCAGCUAUAGGAACUGUAAAAAGGAGUUAAAAGUUCUGCACUGUAAAGAUUUGGAGGGAGGAGAAGGAACAACACUGAGCAGCCAAUGGCAGCUUACAUAUGCUAAAACUCUGUGUAGGCACAGACGCUUAGAGGUCACUGGCCUGUUUUCUAUUACUUUAUACAUGGCCUCCUUUGCAUAUUGAUAUUUUUAAACACUUAAUUGCCUAGCCUUAAUUCACCUCCAGAAGAAGCAUUAGACUUGCUUCUUGUAUCUGUACAUAUGGAAUAACUUAAGGCCUAGCAAGCUUGCUUGAAAAUUUUAACUAUAUGCAAGACAAGAAUGGCCUAGAAAAGAAGUUGUCCCCUUCUACACUGACGUUGAAUUGCUUUGUUAGUGCUACAUUUGCCUUGUUAGAAUUGAAAGCUGUAAUUUGAAGCAAAAAAAUGCUGCCAGUAGCAAAAAGUUCCUGCUGUUGCCUCUUGACUACUACAUAUGGGGUACAGCUGAUAAUGUUCUGACCCUGACACAUACUUUUUAAGAUACUGCUCUCAAGAGACUGGCAUGUAUAGUCAGACCUGUACGCUUAAAUUGCUGUAUUCGAGACCUCUUAAAAGCAAAGAAAAAGAUGAAUUCAGUAAGACUUCCUCUGGUUUUCAGUAGACAACAGUUGACGCAUGGCUCUUGUGGUUUCCAGACAGUCAGAAUACCAGUAUACAAAAGUGAUACAAAGUGCUGAAGUUCUAAAACAGAACAGUUGUAGCGAGAUGACUUUGUCCAUUCAAGUUUACUGAUUACACAGGUGACGUAUCUAUUUCAAUUCAGCAAAGAGAAUGCAGUGUAAAGGACAAACUUCAGAAAUUAUGGAAAAGUAUAAAUCAAAGGUCUGAUUUCCCUUCUAGCAGCUGUAAGAGAAAGCCAGUGAAAACUAACUGGUCCUUUAGUCAGAGGUGCUGCACACUGCUGCCCCUACAAACCAGUAUCUUUAAUUUAAAUGGAUAGGUGUUUGCAAGUUAGUGCAAUAGUAAAGUGCAGAAAGUGUUUUCCAUUCUCUUCUCUUAAGAUGGGGGUAUCUAAUAAGUUGUUCAAGUAUACAAAAAUAUUCCAUUUGAUUUUUCUUUUUCUAGAUCAUAUGGGGGAAGAAGUCUUUAUUUACAAUGAAUGUCAAUAAAAUUUGCAUAAAUACCUACCCAA